AAAAAUCAUUUCUUUCCGUGUAUGAACGUUUAGUUGAACUGUAAAUUACACGUCAAUAAAUUUCUAAUAGUAAUGCCGGUGAUGGUGGUCCCAUUUUCUCCUUCUUUUUCAAUCUGUUCUUUUUGUUUCUUUAGUGGGAUUGACUGAGGAACUCCCAAAGAAUAAUCCCACCCAAGAUUGUCUUUCUCUUUGUCUUCACACUUUCCCUCCUUUAGGUUUCAAUUCCCACAACCAAGCUAGAGCUAUAAGAGAAGGGUCGUGUUUUCUUUCAACUAUCUUUUCUUGUUCAAAUAGAGUAGUUUUUUGUUCUUUUUUUUUCAGUAAACCAUAGAAGUUUCAUUUACCUUGAAACUAAAUCCAUUUCGAAAAGCUAUAUGUUCUUCUUCUUGUCUUUUUAGGCAUGGGAAAUUGUAUAUUUGGAGGCCUAGGAAUGGCAGAAGGAGUGACAAAGGUGAUAACAUCUAAUGGUGGAAUCUUAGAGUUUACCACACCAAUAACAACAGGAUCCAUCACCAACGAGUUUCCAGGCCAUGCUAUUUUUCCAAGCCAUGAUCUUUUUUGGAGACCACUUUCUCUACAAGAAGAGCUUCAAGGAGGACAGUCUUACUAUUUACUGCCACUUCACAACUCAAAAAUUGGAGGCCAAAUAGUAAGAGAAGGUCAUGUUAGAUCAAAAAGUAUACCAGCUGCUGCUGCUACAUCAAAUAUUGCUGCACCUUAUAGGAUGUCCUUAGAUUAUCAAGGCAUGUUAAAGAGGUCAUACACUGAAGUUUUCUCUAGGUACAGCAGCAGCAGCAACAAAAAUAAUUACAACAAAAGUAAUGAUGGGUUUUGGAAAGUGAAGCUUGCGAUUAGUCCAGAGCAGCUACUGGAGAUUUUGUCCCAAGAGGCUAGCACUGAAGAGUUAAUUGAGAAUGUGAGAGCUGUAGCCAAAUGUGGAAAUGGGUUCUCAUCAUCAGCAUCUUCUGUUGAUUUUUCAGAUUCUUGGAGUCUCUCUAGCAGCAGGACUGCUACUUGUAAGAAAGAUAGUUUAGUUGAUAUUUAGUGUGAAUCAUGACAGGGUGCUUGAAAUCUCUCUCUUAUGUUAUAAUUAAGUUUUUAGUCUGAGAAAAUAUUAGCAUAUUCUGUCA